GUUCUUCGUGACACCCAAUCCCCAAAUUCCUAUCACAAGCGCCUCGAUUACCCCGCGAUGAGCGGCAGAACUCCGUUACGAUUCAGGAUUCGACGCCGAUAUGCUUACCUUCAAUCGGCCGAUAUCCCCGAGGCGAUGUCACAUUGGCCCCGUCUGGGAGCCGGUCAGCGCAACCCUCAGCUGCCACGGGACUCAAUGACAGGUUGGUGGCUUGGUAGGCGCCCCCCCGGUUCCGAGAUUUACUGCGAACUGCCGGGCCUAUCAGGUUGCAUCAUGACGCCAUGGGGUCACUAUCAGAGUCAGGAUGAUCACUUCCAACUCCAGACUUCACCUACAGCUGUCAUCCGCGUAGGCCGUGGCCGUCGCUGACCCCUCGACGAUUCCCUCAAGACAUCCAAGAGUUUUGACAACUCAAUAUCAGCUGCACAAACGGAGACCGGUGCGGGCCGAGGUGCUAUAGUGGGCUAGUCAAUCUGCAGGACAAAUUGGGCAAACUUGCUUCAGCCAUCCCAGCUUCCUCUUCGAAGACCGACGUUCCUGGUUUUGCACUCAUCUGACUGGUCAAUGGCACUGGAUGGCAGGCGUCAAGAAGCCAUGCACUGGCCGAUAUGGGGCUCGGGCCAAGCUUUCGAGUCGCACUGCUACACCGUUGGUGGGCACCAAUGGUCGAUGCUGGCCCUGGCCCUGCGACGCAUUGCAAACUGAGAGAGGGACUGAAGCAAACAACGACAGCCAAGGCUUGGCCCAGCAACCCUCCCGGCGCGUGAGGCGCGCCCAUCUCGAUCAUGGAUAGGUGCGAAGCUCCCCAUAAGGUGGUCGCGGGAGAUGGAGUUGAGGGCAUAUAAAGUAGCUCCUGUUCCCCGACAUUCAGCAUCAGGAGAGAUCUUCAGAGCUCCAGACUCCCAAGCCCGACAAGUCCCUCCUGCUCCUCAAAGCAACCCAGGUCCAGCAGCUGCCAUCGUCCCCGAACCGUCGCAAUGAAGGCCAGCCUCCUCUUCCUCGCGGCCUCCACGGCCCUCGCUGCCCCUCUCGAGAGCGUCCCCGUCGCUCGCAGCGAGAUUGGGUCUUUCCCCAUCGCCGAGCUUGAGGCUUACUACAACGCCGCUUACUCCGUCAAGCCCGAAGAGACCGCCGCUCUUAGCCCCGCGAUUUCCAAGCGCCAGUACAACGGCGACACCUUCAACCAGCUCACCGAUGGCACAGCUUGCCGCAAGGUCACUUUGAUCUGGGCCCGUGGCACCACUCAGUCCGGCAACGUUGGUGAGGCCGGCUCCGAGGGACCCGUCUUCUUCAACGCCCUUGCCGGUCUCGUCGGAACCUCCAACUUGGCUGUCCAGGGUGUCGACUACUCCGCAAGCAUUCUCGGCUUCCUCGCCGGCGGCGACGCAGCUGGCAGCACCACCAUGGCCAACUUGGUUGCUCGCGCUGUGACCCAGUGCCCCAGCACCAAGAUCGUCAUGUCCGGCUACAGCCAGGGUGGCCAGCUCGUCCACAACGCUGCGUCCAAGCUCACCGCGGCUCAGACCGCCCGUGUCUCUGCUGUCCUUAUCUUCGGCGACCCGUUCGAUGGCCAGGCUGUUGGCAGCAUCCCUGCCUCCAAGGUCAAGGUUAUUUGCCACGACGGCGACAACAUCUGCGACGGUGGCAUCAUCAUCACUGCCGACCACAGGAACUACGAGCAAGAUGCACCGGCCGCGGCUGCAUUCGUUGCUGGCCUGGUUGCGUAAGCCAUUGUACUGAUAGCAUCUCCAAAAAUGGGACUUUGGGAGGAUUAAGGGAAUUACUAUUUCUUAGUUCAGGAUUCCUGUCAUGAGGCUACACCCUACCUCAGUCACUCUCAAUGUUAAUGACA